GUGCGUGAAUACUGGUACGUGCAUCCAGGAGCGUGGAUCCUUGCGCGCAUCCCGUGCGUGCAUCCAGGAGCGUGCAUCGCGCCCCGUGCAUCCAGGAGCGUGCAUCUCUGCGUGCAUCCCGGGGCGUGUAUCCCGUGCGUGCAUCUCUGCGUGCAUCUCUGCGUGCAUUCCGGCGCGCAUCCCGGAGCUGGCGGGGCGCCCUCCGCGGGGCCGCUGGCGCCGGGUUCUUACGGACUCUCCCGGAGAGUCUGUUUCUAGGUCUUCCCCUUAUGUGGCUGAACAAAUCGGACCACCCACGGAGCUGCAGGGCAGCUGAGCACCUUGUUCUUGAAGUUAGCUGCACCUGUUUCUAACUAACACCUCCCGUCCGUCAUCUUCUGGGGGGACCCAUACCCGAAUUUGAAGUUUUCCACAGACUUCCAGGAACCAUCGAAUGAACAAAGACGCAGACGUUGCUCUGGCAUCAAUCUGCUCUAUUUGAGAGACAAAGGAGCAAAGAGAGGCACCGCCUAUACCCCCGAGAAGUCCUGUGGACUUAUUCAGCGUUCGGAUCUCUGCACACAGCAUGGAGGACGGUUAUCGAAACAGUCCAAACCUCUACCGGGGGGCGAGGGAUAUAGCGUGGGAAGCAUCCAGACAGUCCCGGAACCAAGGGGUGGAUGACUACGGAUAUGAGGGAAACUAUGGGGGCCAGGCCCCCAGCGAUGGCUAUUACCGUGGCGGGGAGUCCAACCCAGACGAGGAUGCGCAGAGUGAUGUUACGGAAGGCCACGAUGAGGACGAUGAGGUCUACGAGGGCGAGUACCAGGGCAUCCCUCACCCUGAUGAUGUCUCGGGCAAGCAGGCCAAGAUGGCACCCUCCAGGGCCGAUGGUUUUCACGGGCAGGCGGACAUGAUGGCGGAGAGGAUGGAGGACGAGGAGCAGUUGGCUCACCAGUACGAAACCAUCAUGGAGGAGUGUGGCCACGGGCGCUUCCAGUGGAUGCUCUUCUUCGUCCUGGGCUUGGCCUUAAUGGCAGACGGAGUGGAGGUGUUCGUGGUGAGCUUUGCCCUGCCCAGUGCAGAGAAGGACAUGUGUCUGUCGAGUGCCAAGAAAGGAAUGCUUGGGCUGAUCGUGUAUCUGGGGAUGAUGGCGGGGGCCUUCGUUCUGGGUGGCCUGGCUGACAAGCUGGGAAGAAAGCGCGUCCUCAGCACCUCGUUGGCCAUCAAUGCCUCGUUCGCCUCCCUCUCCUCCUUCGUGCAGGGUUACGGCGCCUUCGUCUUCUGCCGGCUCAUCUCAGGCAUAGGUAUUGGCGGUGCUCUGCCCAUCGUGUUUGCCUAUUUUUCUGAAUUCCUGUCCCGAGAGAAGCGAGGGGAGCACCUCAGUUGGUUAGGCAUCUUCUGGAUGACCGGGGGCAUCUAUGCGUCAGUCAUGGCCUGGACCAUUAUCCCGCACUAUGGCUGGGGUUUCAGCAUGGGCACCGCCUACCACUACCACAGCUGGAGGCUGUUUGUCAUCGUCUGCGCCCUGCCCUGCACCGUGUCCCUGGUGACCCUGAAGUUCAUGCCUGAGAGCCCACGGUUUCUGCUCGAGAUGGGCAAACACGACGAAGCCUGGAUGAUUCUCAAGCGUGUCCAUGACACCAAUAUGAGGGCCAAGGGCACCCCGGAGAAGGUCUUCACGGUUUCCAACAUCAAGACCCCCAAGCAGAUGGAUGAAUUCAUCGAGAUCCAGAGCGCCACGGGAACUUGGUACCAGCGCUGGCUGGUCAGGUUCACUACCACAUUCAAGCAGGUCCUGGACAAUGCGCUGUACUGUGUGCUGGGGCCCUUCCGGACAAACACGCUGAUGCUGGCUGUCGUCUGGUUCGCCAUGGCCUUGAGUUACUAUGGGCUGACGGUUUGGUUCCCUGACAUGAUCCGGUAUUUCCAAGAUGAAGAAUACAAGUCGAAGAUGAAGUUGUUUUUCGGGGAGCACGUCCAUGGUGCCACUAUCAACUUCACGAUGGAGAACCAGAUUCACCAGCACGGGAAAUUUGUGAAUGACAAAUUCAUAAGGAUGUACUUGAAACAUGUGCUGUUCGAGAACACUUUCUUUAACGAGUGCUUCUUUGAAGAUGUGACAUCUACUGAUACUUACUUCAGAAACUGCACCAUCGAGUCAUCGGUGUUUUAUAAUACAGACCUCUACGAGCAUAAAUUCAUCAACUGCCGCUUCGUCAACUCCACAUUCCUGAAGCAGAAGGAGGGGUGCCACAUGGCCUUGGAGGAGGACAACGACUUCCUCAUUUACCUCGUCAGCUUCCUGGGCAGUCUGUCUGUCCUGCCUGGGAACAUCAUUUCUGCUCUGCUCAUGGACAGAAUCGGGAGGCUCAAGAUGAUCGGGGGCUCCAUGCUCAUCUCGGCAGGCUGCUGCUUCUUCCUGUUCUUUGGCAACAGUGAGUCGGCGAUGAUUGGCUGGCAGUGCCUGUUCUGUGGCACCAGCAUUGCCGCCUGGAACGCGCUGGAUGUGAUCACGGUGGAGCUGUACCCCACCAACCAGAGGGCCACUGCCUUUGGCAUCCUCAAUGGAAUAUGCAAGUUUGGUGCCAUCCUGGGGAACACCAUCUUUGCUUCGUUUGUUGGGAUCACCAAGGUGAUCCCCAUCCUUCUGGCAGCUGCAUCCCUAGUGGGUGGCGGCCUCAUUGCACUUCGGCUACCAGAGACUCGAGAACAGGUCCUGAUGUGAGGGGAAGAAGAACCAUUUCCAGGAGCUUCCAAGGCACCCACGCUUCCUGUCCUUACCCCCGGACAGCUAAAACCAGUUGCUUUUGUGACCCCCUUAUUCAGGGCUGUCAGUGUGUCUGACUCAGGUGAUGGAUUUGGGGCUACUCAGGCCACCUUUGCACUCCCUGAUCUCUUGACGUCAGGUAACACAGCCCCAGGCUGUGUUUAAAGAAUCAAAAAAAAAAAAAAACCCCACCCCAAAAAACAAAACAAAACAAAACAAAAAAACCAAAAUAUCUUUGAGGUGAUAAAGUCUAAAUCUUUUUAGUGACAAGAGAAGUCAGAAUACCCAGGAAUCGACCUGAGAAAGACCACAGUUCCCAGGCACUAGGCAAGGAGGGUGUGUUUCUCCAUGUGUCCUGGCACCGCAGAGCCUGAUGUUACAAAACUCUCAACCUCCCCCAGAAAUUUCCUCGGAGGCGGUGAUCUGACCAACUCACCCGAGCACUUGCAGGAAAGGCUCCAUCUAAUUUUUGCACUUCAAAGCAUCGCCUCUCUCGUUUUUCCCCUGGAAAACUUGCAGAUUUGCCCUGUGGAUACUCUGAUCAUCAAAAUCGAAACCUUCCGGCAUUCUCCCGAGGGACCUAUUUCCCCACCAAAGUGUUCUCAGCUAUCCAGGGUGAUGCACUGGUUAGUUCAAUGAUGCUCUUCACGCCUAUUUUGGGUCACUCCAAGAAAAGGCAUUGCUACUCUGUAAACUAACUUUGUACAUAGCUGUGUUUGGGUGUAACGGGAAGAUCUCGCAACUUGGAACCUGCAAACAUUUCCCAUCGUUUGGAAGGAUGGGCUGGGUGAGGUCCAGGGAGAUUCGAUGUAUGGAUUGGAAUGCAAGCACAACUUCUUAAAGCCAUUUAACUUUCCGCCUGGGGGAUGAUACACUGGGUAAAUAGAACUGCAUAGUUCAUGUAACCUGGGUACACUCCUGCUCCUUCGUGAGGGUGGACAGAUGCACUCUGUCUGCUCACCUCACCCCUCAGCACUGGCUAUGGACUUUCUUGCUCGCUGAGAACCAACAAAGCCCUUCCAUUACCUGACCGCACGCGGGGUGAGUGAGCAAGGAGACUACAUUCUUCCCUGUAAAUCCUUUAUUCCUUUUAGCAGCCAAACCAGAGACCGAUUUGUUCUAGGGGUGAGGUCCCAGGGGCAAAUCUCUGAGCUCCAUGUCUCCGUGUCUCUCUGGCACUGAAGUGGUUGCAAUCGUCGUGGGCGUGAAAUCCACUUGAUUUCCAAGCUCUGACGUCCUCCGUCUCUUUCUGGCACUUUCCCCCAACCUCCGAAGCAAAGCAGGGUGAUUCCUCUUUCACCCAUCACUUGGACUGAGGGAUGCAUAAGGAUCGUGUCUUGGGCCUGUGAAGGACCGGCUGCCACUGGGCUGCCAUCAGGGCUGUCACUGCUCCUGAGAGGAAUCGCUUGUUUCAAAGCUGGCAUCUUGUUGGGAUGACACACUUGGGAGGUUAAGGACAUGUGAGUCUUCCCCACGACCAAGAGGGGGAAGGUCACAGUUUUCUACAGUGCCCGGCUUGGGGAACAUCUGCUUGUGAGAGUCUCAGCUGAACCGUGUCAUCUCUGGACGCUGGUUUUCAAUCUGUCAUUUAUUGGAAAUGAUUAGUGUGUGCGUGUGUUGGGGGGGGGAUCCUACAAGGGAUGUUGAUAGCCCAUUAGCCUAAGGUUGUGUAAUCAGUAAUCCCCCACUCCCAGGGCCCCUUGGCAACCUUGUAUUUGUUCAUUAAAAAGAAUAAUAAUAAUAAUAAAAAUAAAAAAACUGUCAACAAAC